AUGGCUACUUUUUCCGCCGCCAAGACUACCCAACUCACGCAGUUCUCCAAGGCUGCCGGUCAGUUCAAGAACAAGACCGUCGCCAAGGCGUCUGUCAGCAACACUAUCGAAGCCAAGGGCAAAACCUGCAAGGUUGCCAUCAAUGGCUUUGGUCGUAUCGGCCGUAACUUUUUGAGAUGCUGGCACGGCAGAGGCAAGGACACCUUGCUCGAAGUUGUUGCCAUCAACGACUCCGGCGGUGUCAAGCAAGCCUCGCACUUGGUCAAGUACGAUUCCGUCUUGGGCACGUUCGAAGCUGACGUCAAGAUCGUCGACGACACGCACAUGUCCAUCGAUGGCAAGAGCAUCCAAAUUGUCUCCUCCAGAGACCCGUUGCAAUUGCCGUGGAAGGAAUUAGGCAUCGACAUCGUCAUCGAAGGUACUGGUGUCUUCAUUGACACCCCGGGUGCUUCCAAGCACUUGACCGCGGGUGCCAAGAAGGUUGUCAUCACCGCCCCGGCGAAGGGCGACGACAUCCCGACGUACGUUUUGGGCGUCAACGCUGACCAAUACAAGAACUCUGACAAGAUCAUCUCCAACGCGUCUUGCACGACCAACGGCUUGGCGCCGUUCGUCAAGGUCUUGAACGACAAAUUCGGUUUGGUCAAGGGUUUGAUGACCACCACUCACUCGUACACUGGUGACCAAAAGAUUUUGGACGCCUCGCACAGAGACUUGAGACGCGCGAGAGCUGCGGCCUUGAACAUUGUGCCGACCUCCACUGGCGCCGCCAAGGCUGUUGCCUUGGUCUUGCCGGAAUUGAAGGGUAAGUUGAACGGUAUCGCGUUGAGAGUCCCGACCCCGAACGUUUCCGUUGUCGAUUUGGUUAUCCAAACCUCCAAGAAGGUCACCGCCGAGGAAGUCAACAACGCGUUCCGUGAGUCAGCGGCUGGUCCGUUGAAGGGCAUCUUGUCCGUCUGCGACGAACCGUUGGUCUCUGUCGAUUUCAGAUGCACCGACCAAUCCACGACUAUCGACUCUGCUUUGACGAUGGUCAUCGGUGACGACAUGUUGAAGGUUGUUGCGUGGUACGACAACGAGUGGGGCUACUCCCAAAGAGUCGUCGAUUUGGCUGAACUCACCGCGGCCAACUGGGAAUAA